CGCCCUCCAACUGCGCAUGCGCCCAACAUAUUUUCGCUGCAGCAGAUUUUUCUUUCCUUUAAAAAAACAUUUCUUCUGCAUAGUGAGUGUAACUUUAUGGCCAAAUACAUGAGGCCCCCAUGCUCGUCUUUGUUCGUCAGAAACAUCUCCGAUGAGUCCAGGCCUGAGGAUUUGCGGCGUGAGUUUGGCCGCUAUGGGCCUGUAGUAGAUGUCUACAUCCCACUUGACUUCCAUACACGCCGACCAAGAGGAUUUGCAUACAUUCAAUUUGAGGAUGUGCGUGAUGCAGAGGACGCUCUUCACAGUCUGGACAGGAAGUGGGUUUGUGGCCGGCAGAUUGAAAUCCAGUUUGCCCAGGGUGACAGAAAGACACCAAAUCAGAUGAAGACAAAGGAGAGGCAUUCUCCGGGCAGAUCGUCUCGAUACGACGACCACGAUCGGGACAGCCGGCGCAGGCGUUCGCGUAGCCGCAGCAACGAGCGGUACAGAUCACGCAGCCCCUCUUAUGAUCGCCAUCGCAGGCGAUCGGAGAGUCCUCGAGAAUCUCGUGGACAGGUGUAUGGCAGAGGAAGAAGCAGGAGUCGUGACAAUGAGAGAUACCGGCAGAGACCUCGAAGAGAGUCCAGAGCGAGAUCCCGCUCCAAAUCUGCAUCUCCACGAGAGAACGCCAACCCUUCAUCGUCUUCCCAUUACCCAGAGGAAGAAGUGCGACGGGCCCACUCCCCAACCCGCUCCAAGUCCCGCUCUGCUUCAAGAUCACGUUCUCGUUCCCGGUCCCGAUCCUGGGCCGGACGUAAGUCAGGAGGACGCUAGGAAAGUACCCCCCCCCCCCCUUUUAUCCGCCGUUAUGUCAGAUGCACCUGAGUUGGUUCAUUUGUCAAAUGUUUGUUUUGACAUGAAUGUAACGUCCGCUGAAGCAUUUGUAGAAAGCUUGUUUUCGCAGAUCCCGUUUUAAGAAAAAUGUCGGUCCUUCGCUUGCUUUUAUAAAAUUGUAUUGGUGAGAUUCCUCCCGAUAUAAAUAUGAAACAGGUUUCAGUGCUAGUCGCCCAGGAAUAAUUAUCUUUUUUAUAUACUGUUACUGAUCAUUUUGUUUUCUAAUCCCUAUGCGUCAAUUUUUUCAAAAAAUAACAUUCAGUAUUUAAAAUUUGAAUCUGGUGACGAACCAAACCAUCGUUUCUGUGUGUCUUAACGCAAAUCAUUUACUUUAAACUUGACUGCUGAACUGAGCAGUAGCGUCAAGUAUGAAAGUACUGCGGGUAAAAUACACAGAUUCGCUGCUAUGGUCCUAAAGUGUUAAGAUGUCAUCGACCAUUGACGUUAAAAUGUACAUUAAUCUGUUUAAAUGUUGUGUGUUUUCUGUACGGUUUUCAAAAGGUAUUAUUUUUGGAACAAACGUUUUCUCUUGGUGUUUACUCGGCCGUGUUGAUGGUUUUUCAUUUAAUCCCGUCACUGCAUGUUUAAUCUCCUAAUCUUCUACCUUUAUGAUGAAGAAACUGUUAUUUUCAGUAAUAAAUGGAUAACGUUCAGAAUAAGGAA